CCAAUGCUUGACCAUCACAUUACUUUAUAAUGUCCUGACUCUGCGAGGUCUUAACGUCGUGAUUUCGGAUAGUGUCUGCUUUUUCUGGAGUCUGGAACCAUGGAGGAGUACAUAAAGAGAUAUUUGCGAGGAAUUUGGGUUUUCCUGCAGCUGACUUCUUGUGUUGCGAGCAUGACAGGGAGAUGCAGUCUGUUUGGACGACACCACGUUCACACAUUCGAUGGUGUUUUGUAUGACUUUCCUGGAGACUGCAGCUACCUUCUGGCUGGGGACUGCAACCACCACUCCUUCACACUGCUGGGCGACUUUCAAAAUGGCAAAAGAACUGGAGUCACACUGUUUUUGGGUGACGUCUUUGAGUUGCACCUUUCUGUAGAUGGACGGCUCUCACAAGGAGAAAAAAGGCUGUUACUGCCCUAUGCAUCUCACUCUGUGUUUGUGGGCUCAGAGCUCGGCUUUUACAAGCUCUGGAGUGAGGAGUUUGGCUUCACUGUCACCAUUGAUAAUGCUGCCAACAUCGCCUUGACCCUGACCAAACGCCAUGCAAACCACACCUGCGGCCUCUGUGGCAACUUCAACUCUAUGACUGCUGAUGAAUAUACUGCUCAGGAAGGAUUCCUAACAGAGGACACUUAUGACUUUGCAAAUUCGUGGGCAGUGAAGGGAGCUGAUCAGUCCUGUCAACGUGUGUCAAAUCCAUCAAAAUCCUGUAACACAACAAAAGGAACUUCCACGAUUUUGUCCAGCUGCAGCGUGUUGCAGACCUCUAGUGUGUUUCUCCACUGCGCCCACUUGGUCUCUCCCGAACCAUUCCUGUUGCUGUGUCAGGAGGAGGCCUGUCACUGUGAUCAGACAGGGCCCGAAGAUUGCUACUGUCCAAUCCUGCUGGAGUAUGCUCGCACAUGCCACGCUCAUGGGAUACUUCUUCACGGCUGGUCGCAGGAAAGCCAGUGCUUCCCCAAAUGUCCAAUUGGCAUGCAGUACAGUGAAUGCACCAAGUCUUGCUCUACAACCUGCCAUAGCCUCAACAUCCAGGAGGUCUGCAAGGAAGAGUGUGUUGAUGGCUGCACAUGCCCUGCUGGCAAGGUUUUGGACGGUAAUCGCUGUGUUGAGGUAUCCCAGUGUUCCUGUGCGCACAUGGGAAAACAUUUCCCGCCAGGAGCCACAGUCUCUCAGGACUGCAACACCUGUGUGUGUCGUCACGGUUCAUGGGAAUGCACCAAUGAAGGCUGUCCUGGUGAAUGCUUGGUUGUUGGCCAGUCUCACUUCAAGAGCUUUGACAACAAGUUCUUCACAUUUGCUGGCCACUGCCAGUAUCUGCUGGCAAAGGACUGCUCACAAAAUGAGUUUUCUAUCAUAAUUGAAAAUGUACAGUGCGCUGAUGAUCAGGAUGCUGUGUGCACACGCUCAGUGACUCUCAGUCUGCCCUCUCUGGAGGACAUGACAGUCAAGCUGAAGCAUGGAGGAAUUGUUUCUGUCAACAGCAUGGACAUCCAGACCCCAAUGCGUUAUGGCCGUUUAUAUAUCCAGAGAUCUGUUCAGUCUUCAGUACGUGUAAAGUUUGGUGAGGACUUUCGUCUGGACUGGGAUGGGCGGGGCCGUGUGCUUUUAAAGCUGGGUCCACAAUGGGCGGGCCGGACCUGUGGACUGUGUGGUAACUACAAUGGUAACCAAGGUGAUGAUUUUUUGACUGAUUCUGGACUGGUUGAGGCUAGUCCUCACGCCUUUGGCCAGGCUUGGAGGAUCAAUGGAGACUGUGAAUCCACUCAGAAAUUUGAAACUGAUCCAUGUGCCGUUAACCCAAAAAGAGUGCGCUUUGCAGAAGAGGCGUGUGCAGUGAUGAUGUCAGACGUGUUCAGUCCGUGCCACUUUCUGGUGAAUCCGGGUCCAUUCCAGCAGUUCUGUCGUUAUGAUGUGUGUGCGUGUGGGGACAGUGAGGAGUGCCUCUGCUCGGCUUUGUCCGCCUAUGCAGCUGCCUGCUCAGCAAGAGGAGUGCUGCUCAACUGGAGGUCUCCUUCGCUAUGUGCGCUGGAGUGUACAGGAGGACAGGUGUAUGAGGCAUGUGGGAGUGUGUGUGACCGGACUUGUGGUUCUCUGUCUGGCGCUGAGGCUGGCUGUGAAGGGGAGAGGGUGUGUGAGGAGGGCUGUUUCUGUCCCACUGGGAAGUACCUGAGUUCCUCAGGUGAAUGUGUGACGGCUGACCAGUGCACCUGCCUGCAUGAUGGACAACUCUACCAGCCUAAUGAUGUCUAUGCAGAUCACAACAGUAUUUGCUACUGUGAGAAGGGCUCCAUGCGGUGUAGCUCCACUGAAACGACUUCAUUGCUCUCUGACCUCUUCUAUGAUGAUGACCUAGCACCAUCCAGAGAGCGUCGGUCAACACAGUGCCCUCCUCCGCUCACUCGUGCAGAGUGUAAUGCAGGAGAAAAAGGUCUGGAGUGUGCAAGAACCUGCCAAAAUCUGGAUCUGCCUUGUGUCAGUCUUGCCUGCAUCCCCGGCUGCCUCUGUCCACCUGGCACUGUACGUCACCGCAGAGAAUGCAUUACACCGGAGCAGUGUCCCUGUUACCAUAACAACAGGCCAUAUGCAACAGGACAGACCAUCUCCGUGGAUUGCAACACCUGUGUGUGCAAGAACAGAAAGUGGCAAUGCACGGAGAAAGUGUGUGAUGGUGUGUGCCGCACCGUGGGGGAAGGGCAUUACAUCACUUUUGAUGGCUUAAAGUACUCUUUCCCUGGCCUCUGCCAGUAUGUCCUAGUCCAGGAUAUGUGUAGUGGGGAAGACGGUUCCUUCAGGGUGCUGGUGGAAAACGAGGCCUGUGGAAUUGUGGGACACCGCUGUGCAAAAGCUGUCACAAUUUUCUACCAGGGAGGGUUAAUAAUGAUGCAGCAUGGAGAGGUGAAGAUGAAGAGGCCGGUGCCGCAGGGCUCACAGGUGGAGAUUGUCCGAUCUGGUCACUUUUACACUCUGCAGCUGGGGAAACACAUUUCCCUCAGCUGGGAUAUGGGAACCCGCCUCCUGGUUCACAUCUCACCUGAAUACAGGGGUCGGGUGUGCGGCUUGUGUGGCAACUUUGAUGGGAAUGUAAACAACGACUUGAUAAGCAGUAACCACCAGCUGGAGGUGGAUUCUUCACACUUUGGGAACUCCUGGAAGGUCAUUCCCAGCUGUGCCGAUGUCACAAAGAUACCUGCUCCUUGCAGCGACAACAUUGUCAAACUGGUAACAGUGGAGCAGUCGUGCCGUAUCCUCACUGGUUCCCUCUUUAAAGAAUGCAACAGUCAGGUGGAUGCAGAGCCUUAUGUAGAGAUGUGUGUGGAGGCAGCAUGCUCGUGCCCAUCAGUGGGUGACUGCCAGUGUUUCUGUGAUGUUAUUGCCGCCUAUGCACAGGCUUGCUCAGAGAGUGGUGUAUUCGUCAACUGGAGAUCAAAUGAUCUUUGCCCACUGAGCUGUGAGGAGCUGAAUCCUAGAAUCCCAGGUGUAGGGGAGGAGUUAUGCCAGUGGAGAUACAAUACCUGUGGUCCUGCCUGUCCAGUCACCUGCCAACAUCCAGAUCCCCUCCAGUGUUCGCUCACAUGUGUGGAAGGCUGCCAUGCCUACUGCCCUCCAGGACAACUCCUGGAUGAGGUGGCCAUGCGAUGUGUUGAACCCUCUCAGUGUCAGAUGUGUAUGCAUGAGGGUCAAAGAAUCUCCUAUGGGAACAAGGUCAUCCUGAAUCACAAUGACCCCGACCAGUGCAGGAUAUGUCAUUGUGACAACAACACAUUAAGCUGUGAAGCGUGUGCCUCCUCCACCAUGUUCACAACUCCCACACCAACGCCCACCUAUGGCGCCUUCACAACAAUUCCCUUCACCACGUUGAUGCCUGAAGGCACGUGUGACCGUGCCAUGGACCUAGCAUUCUUACUGGAUGGAUCAGAAGCUCUGACUGAAGAUGAAUUUGAGGCUACAAAACAGUUCAUUCUUGGGGUGGUUGAACGAUUCCGCAUGGGCUCAGCUCACACUCGAGCAACAGUGCUACUCUACCACUCUGGAGUCAAAACAUAUGAUCUGCAGGUUCAGAAGUGGAUAUUUAAGAAGACAGUGCGUGAGCUUCAUUACACAGGAGGAGAUGCCGCUUUCAUGGAUGAGGCCGUCAAAUAUCUGGCUAUCAACAUCUAUGACAAGAACAAGCGUGAGAACGCCGGCCGCGUUGCCAUUAUCUUGGCUGCUAGUCCCAACCCUCGCCCUAUCCGUUCCAUUGUAAAGAUGCUCCGCAAGAAGGCCAUCACCACCCUGACAGUGGCACUUGGCCCUGGAGUAGAUAUGUCGCAAAUUACUGAAAUCUCCAAAGCUAAUCCUGAUAACAGGGCCUAUGUGCUGAGCAGCACAGGUGAGCUGCCUGAUCGGCUGCUGGAGCUGACAGAUUACCUCUGCACCUUGGGGAUGGAGCCUGAGGUGGUGAAACCUCCAGCACCAAAGACCACAGUGGGUAAACCUCACAAGACCACGACCACCACUUCCCCAGUUCUUCAUCUGGAGACAAAACCCACACGGCGCCUCCCCAACACUCCUGAAGCUACAGCACCGUCUGGCCUAUCGCCCACUACCACAUCGCCAUCUGUUCUUUCUCCAACCAAAGAUGUAACAUUUGUCAUAGAAGGCUCUGAUGCUGUUGGUGAAGUAAACUUUAACAAGUCGCUCCUCUUCCUGGAGGAAGUUAUCACAAAACUGACAGAGGAGGAGGAGUUGAUUCGCAUCACUGUGAUCCAAUACUCAGUGACAGUCACUGUGGAGAUCAGUCGGUGGGAGAUAAGGCAGCAGAGAACCCGCCUGCUGCAACGCCUGAGGGAGGUUCGUUGGAGGGGUGGUAGUAAGACAAACACUGGAGCAGCUAUCACUACCACCUUUCAAGAAAUGGCUACGGUCCAGCCUUCUCUUCAUCCAACCCCACCUCAGCUGGUUUUCCUUGUGACAGAAAACCCACCCACUGACACAGUAACGCGCCCACCAUCUACCAGUGUCCAGACUCAUGUGUAUCCCAUUGGUGUUGGACCAAAGAUACAAGAAACUGACUUGAUUCAGUUCAGUUUUCCUCAGCGUCCAUUAAUGGUGGAGGACUACAGCCAUCUGUCUAGCGUGGUCCACCGCAUAGUCAACAUCACACGCACCACAGUCAGACCCCGCUCACCAACACUGCCACCACUAGUUGUCCCAACACAUGCCAGCUUGCCAGUCUCAGUGCCGUGUAAGAAGCCUCUGGAUGUGAUGUUCCUGCUGAAGUCUGGAGGGCAGCUUGAGGACAUGAAGACAUUUGUUAAAGCUUUUAUCAGUAAUGCUGACAUAGGCCUCAGUGGCACUCUUGUGAGUGUUGUUCAGUAUGGAGACACCAACACAGCAGAAUUCCUAUGGAGUGAUCAACAGAGCAAAUCAGACCUCCUGAGGAUGGUGGAGAGAAUUACUACAAGGACUCCUGCAGCCCCUAAACUAGGGUCUGCAUUGAGAUUUGCCGUGCAGACAUCCAUCUCACCAAUCAGUGGUGGAAGAGUUGGUGUAGCCAAGGCUGUGGUGAUGCUGGUGAUGGACAAAUCAACUGAUGAAGUCAGGGAAGCAGCUAAUGAGGCCCUGGCAGCAGGUGUAUCAGUGUUCCCAAUUGGGAUUGGACCAGACUAUAACAAGAGUGAACUUGGUGUGCUUGGUCACCAGGGCAACCAAGACAACACUCUCCAUCUGAACAGCAUGGAUCAGUUACUGAUGUUGCUGACUCUGGACAGGAGUUACACAGAGAGAAUCUGCAGAGCUGGUCCACCAGGAGUGUGUGUUGAUGAUAAUGGAAAUGAGAGAAAGCCUGGUGAGUCAUGGCUGCUGGAGGAUGGCUGUCACUCCCUCCUCUGCCACCCCAGUGGGGCGGUGACAGUACAGAAUCACAAAGUCAGCUGUGACAGAUUGGAGCCGCCAGCCUGCAGAAACAACAUGCCACCUGUUAAAGUCCAGGAGACCUGCAACUGCCACUGGGAAUGCCCUUGCAUGUGUAUGGGCAGCUCCACCAACCAUGUAGUGAGGUUUGAUGGCCUGGCACUUAGGCUGGAUGGGGAGGGUUUGUGCUCCUAUACACUUCUCACUGUCAGCAGAGGCUCCAGUGAAGGGUCAGAGGUCAAACUUCACACUGGACCUUGCCAAGACUCGGCAAACUACCACCAAGUCUGCAUGAAAGCCAUGGAGGUGAUCCAUGGCUCAUAUAAGGUGCUGCUGAAGGAUGACAUGACGGCCAUGAUUGGACAGGAAGAGCUUGCACUGCCGUGGCGGCACUCUGGCAUUGAGCUGGUGCGUUAUGGGGGAGUGAUGCUGCAGCUGAAAUCGGAUCAUGGCUACGUCCUGAGUUUCACGCCUCAGAGCAAUGAGUUUACCAUCACAUUACUCAGCUCCACUACAACGGGACACACUGCUGGACUCUGCGGUGGCUGUGGGGAGGAGAAGGUGAAUGUCCUUUCUUUACGCAAUGGCACCUCGACCACCGACCAGCCAGCUUUCAUCUUAGACUGGACUGUGGCUGUAGAUCACGGUGUGUGCCUGCCAAGACGGAAGGCGGUGUGUGCAUCUGGAGCGGCGAUGGGAUGUCAAGCUCUACGUUCUGAGGUGUUCGAACCAUGCCACGCAUAUAUUCCCGUUCAGGUUUUCCUCACCAAGUGUGAAGAGCAGGCAUGUGAGGAGUCAGAUGUGUGUGAGCUCAUUUCAGCCUAUGCACGCCUCUGUAGACAAAGAGGUGUGUGUGUGGACUGGAGGAGCCCUCACCUCUGCCCGUUACAGUGCCCAAGUUCCAUGCAGUAUGAUGCAUGUCGGACAGGGUGCGUGGAGGACUGUGGUAGCAUACAGUCGUUGCCAGGCGACUGGUCGGUUGCUAGGAGUAACGAGUCAUCCUGUAUGGACACACCGACUGAAGGCUGUUUCUGUGCUGUAGGCACAGUUUUGCAUCAUGGACGGUGUGUACCACCAGAAGCAUGUGGACAGUGUGUUGACCAUCAUGGGCACACGUACACGUAUAUGCAGAGUUGGGUACCAGAAGAGAACCCAUGUUUGAUUUGCAUGUGUUUGGAUCAGCAACGGAUCAACUGCACUGACCGGCCCUGCAACAAUGUCAGAACUCCAGUGUGCGGACCUUGUGAGGUCCUGAGAAAGAAGACAGAAUCCAAGUGCUGCCCAGAGUAUGAGUGUGUUUGUGAUCUAGUGAGCUGUGACCUGCCUGAGGUUCCCCGCUGUGAGGACGGUCAGACUGUGGUCCUGAAAAACCCCGGGGAAUGUCAGCCUAUACACGAAUGUGUGUGCAAAAAGGAAGAGUGUCCUCUUCAAGCUCCCCCCAAUUGUCCACCACAUCGCCAUCUGUCGGUGAGAAAGACAAAGUGCUGCGACGUGUUUGAAUGUGACUGCAGCUGCCAAAACUCCACCCACACCUGUCCCACUGGGUUCAUCACGUCCUCCACUACCAACGAUUGUGGGUGCACAGAAACCAACUGCCUGCCAGACAAGGUGUGUGUGGUUGGUGGAGUGGUUCACUCAGUGGGGAGUGAAUGGGAGCAAGGUUGUGAGAAGUGCAUCUGUACCGAGCUGCAGGACAAAGACACGUCUCUCCAUGUUGCACAGUGCAAACCGCCUGUUUGUGACCGGGCCUGUCCUCUGGGCUCAACAUACACUUCAUCAGAAGGAGAGUGCUGUGGAAAGUGCACACCAACCAGCUGUGUGGAGUCACAGGGAGAGAUGCGAGGGGACACACUUAUCGGUGGAAAGCUUAGACAAGUGGGUGACAGAUGGAAGUCUCCAGAUAAUAAAUGUGUCUUACAUCAGUGCAUAAAAGUCAGAGAUGAGGUGUUCAUCUCUGCUUCAAAUGUCAGCUGCUCGAUUACGGAUACUCCAUCCUGCCCAAUGGGGACUGAGUUACGCUGUGACACCGAGGACUGCUGCCCCCGCUGCCACUGUGCUCCUUUGAACGCCUGUGUUCUCAACCACACACUGAUAGGGGCAGGGGAGCAGCUGAUGGUUGAUGCCUGUACACGCUGCCAGUGUAGGGUGGUGGACGGUCCAAUCAGGAAAUAUGAACUGUCCUGCAGGAAAACAACCUGUCCCUCUUGCCCCAUGGGAUACACUCUGGAGAAGGAGGAAGGUACUUGCUGUGGUCGAUGUGCUCCCACCGCCUGCUUUGUUCAACAACCAGAUGGAAAACUCAUCAGUGUGAAAGUCAAUACGACGAGCGAGGAUGGUUGCACCUCAUAUACAUGUGGUCUGAAUAAUGAAGGAAAUCUUGUGCUGCAGUCCAAAUUGACAGCCUGCCCAUCUUUUAAUCGCCAAGCUUGCUUAGACCAAGGGGGAAAAGUCAGUCAAAUUGGAACCACCUGCUGUGAGAUGUGUACAGAGCCAGAGUGCCGAAAGACAGUGGGAAGGCUCGACUACAUCAAGGUGGAUGACUGCCAAUCAGAGCACCAGAUAGACCUGUACUACUGUGAGGGCAAAUGUCGCAGUAAGUCCAUGUACUCCCUGCAGAGGGCUGCUGUGGAGCAGGAGUGUGUUUGCUGCGCUGCGGUAGAGACAGAGCCUCUCAGCGUUCCUGUCAUGUGUGCCAAUGGCACUCGUAGCCACCACACUAUUCUGUCUGUCACCAAAUGCGACUGUCUGUCCAGACACUGCACCUAGAGAGUGGAAGAAAAAGAGUAGAAGACAGAGAUUAUAAGGUUGAUGCUUUGUGUGUAUCCAAGAAAAUGUAGCAGUAUAAAAAAACUACCUUGACAAAUAGCAAUAAAACAAACUUACCUGUUUCUGUAAGCAUCACCUUUUGUGUGUUGUUGUAAUUUGAUUAUUUCUGUUGAAAUGUAUUCAUAAAAACUACUGUUUGUUAAAUGUUUGUAUAUAAACAUAUCACAUAUACUCUUUCA